UAUAUAUUAAAACUUGACGGUAGUAAUAUAUCGUAAUUAACAGGAUUACCCUGCAGAUAAUAUACUCUUUAGAUAGGGGAUGUACCACCGUCUCAGUUGUAGACGUCUUAUUAUGUUCAUCACAACUGGUGUAAAGUAUUAAUGACUAAAAUAGAAGUUCGUCGUUUUUUGUAAUAAAAUACAAACAAUGUCGUGAUGUCCUUAACCGUAAUUAAGUCUUUUUGCACGUACCAAGUCUUUUUGACAACGGUUGCCUUUAUGUGCUCUUCUCACUUUACUCAUGGUACGCAUCAACAUGAAGAAAUGAUUUUUUUUUUGUAGCACAGACAAAAAAUAUUCAAAAAAUAUAUAUAGGACGGUCACUUUGACAUUUUUUUGGUUUUCCUUGGUUGUGAUUUAGAAUUCAGGUACAACGUUUGGUGUUAAUAAGAAUUUGACAGCUGGUUUAACCAUUGAAGAAAAUGUCGUUUAGUAGUGUGAACCUGUUCACGACUAAAUGUGAAUGAUACGUUUCGUCUUAUCAGAAAUCGUUUUGUUUUUUAAUGUUACAAAUAAUGACACAAACAACCAAAAUAAUUUAAUAAAUUAAAGAAGCCUUAUCAUUUGAUUAAAUGGAAAGUAAUACGAAUAUACCAGUGAUGUCAAUCGGGAAGUGAAGCACUCUCGAAGCAAGAAACCUACCAAAAUGCGACGAUCGCUCGUCAAAAGGUAGAAGACAAAAAUGGCGUUCGCAGGCUUAAAGAAGCAAAUAAACAAAUGUAAUCAGUAUGUUACGGAAAAAAUGGGAGGUGCCGAAGGCACCAAACUUGAUUUGGAUUUUAUGGACAUGGAACGGAAAACGGACGUAACGUACGAGUUGGUAGAAGAGUUACAAAUGAAGACUAAAGAAUUCCUACAACCAAACCCUACAGCACGUGCAAAAAUGGCGGCUGUUAAGGGCAUUAGCAAAUUAAGCGGACAAGCGAAAUCAAAUACUUACCCUCAACCGGAAGGGGUUUUAGGAGACUGCAUGUUAUUGUAUGGCCGUAAAUUAGGGGAUGACAGCAUGUUUGGUCAAGCUCUAGUCGAAAUGGGAGAAUCGCUCAAACAAAUGGCCGAUGUUAAAUACUCACUCGAUGAUAAUAUUAAACAAAACUUCCUCGAACCUUUACAUCACUUACAAACUAAGGAUCUAAAGGAAGUUAUGCACCACAGGAAAAAAUUACAAGGUCGUAGACUGGACUUUGAUUGUAAAAGGAGAAGACAAGCUAAAGCAUCUAAAGGGGGUCUUAGUCCUUACUCCAGCCCCGUCAGAACGCAGAGAAAUUAUUAUGGUUCACAUAUUUCAGAUGAGGAAAUUAAGACUGCUGAAGAAAAGUUUGCAGAAUCUCUGCAUCUCGCUCAAAUGGGAAUGUUCAACUUAUUAGAAAAUGACGUAGAACAAAUUUCACAAUUAGCCACAUUUGCGGAAGGUCUAUUGGAAUAUCAUAUCCAGUGUACAGAUAUUCUGAAGCAUUUAAACGAAAUCAUACUGGAAAAGAAAGAAGAGGCAGCAAAUCGUCCUAAAGUUGAGUUCGUGCCGAAAAGUUUGGCAGACUUACAUAUAGAAGGUGUAUCAGAUGGAGUCAAUGGUAUUCAUCAUCACAACAAUCACACAAAUCAUCACAAUUAUUCCAGUAGUGGUCACCAAUUUAAAAGACCCGCCCCCAGAACCAUUCCCACACAUACAAAACAACCUGAUCCGUUCGACCCUUGGAGUUUUCCCCCAGGCUCUUCGCAAGUGUCUUCUCCACAACACAAGCCACAUCAACUUGAGUUGCACCCAGGACAACAUUCUGCUAAUGCAUCUCCACUGCCGUCCCCAAUGAAAUCGCCAGCACGGACGCCCAUGAAUAGGCAACCUUGCUGCACAGCGUUGUACGACUUUGACCCCGAAAAUCCCGGCGAAUUGGGCUUUAAGGAAAAUGAUGUGAUCACUCUUCUAAAUAAAAUCGACGACAACUGGUUCGAAGGUACCCUCCAUGGUCGCACGGGUUACUUCCCAGUAAAUUAUGUGAAAGUUGAUGUGCCAUUACCAUGAGUUACGGGUUAAAUUAUACUUCAAUUGAACAACAACCCCUGGUAUUUGUUUAGUAAUAUUGCAUGUCAUUUACUACGUUACUUGCCUUGUGUAAAUUGAAGUAUUUAUUUAUUUGACUAAUUCAACUGCACUCCAGAAACAAAACAUAGGAGAUGCCAUAUACAGUACAUUAGUAGAUUUUGCGAUGUUUUAAAGUUAGAUGAUGAAAUCUGCUAACAACCUGAGUUCCUUCAUAAACUGAAGUUACAUUUUAUUGUACAUAUUGUGCUGUAAAUUUUAUUUAAUAAUUUAAGUUGUAUUUUAAGAUGGAGUGUGAUUGGUGCGUGCAGUUAAAAUUGAGUCAUUUCGUUGUAAAUUAGUUGAAUAAACUUGCGUACAAGAUUAAAUUUAGUUGUACAUAUUUAGUGCUUUUAGCUUAGUUACUUUUUAUCAUUGUUUAUAACGUGGAUGCUUAUAAUGUUAUGCAGUUAAAGGGAGGCUAAAUUUUAUAAAAAUAAAUAUAAAGAUGUAAUUAUUGUCGAGUUGAAAGUUAUAGAAUUACAUAUAAGAACAGAGAUUAUUUUUUGAGUUUAUCAAAGUCUAUCUAUAAUGUUUUACUAGAAAGACAACGUAGAUCAUGAAUUUUGCAUAACCAAAAUCGGACACCGAUAAAUUUUGUUGUUUUUUGAACGUACAGUAUUUUCUGACAAAGAACAAUUUGGAGCAUGUUUUUGAUGUUCAAUCCAGGGGUCGUCAUCUUCAUUCCAAGAAUCUAUGAUUAAUUACGUAACAAAUACUGGAUCCGUUUCUUUAAGUUUUGUUGUUUUGAUCGCCUCAACUUACCACAACUUGCCAAAAAAUAUUAAUUGCAUGCAAUUGAAAACUCAAUGUCUUAAAAUAAGAAGAUUUUUGAUGUAGAUUGCUAGAUUUCUGCUGAAACUUUAUUAUUAACGAAAAUUUUAUGUACAACCACGAAAGUGUUUAAUAUAUACUGAAAAUUUAUUGGGUGCUGCUUCUUAGAUAUAACGCACUGUUUAUUGUUUUCUGCUAAAUAUUAAUAAAGUUUUGGCCGAAUCACUACAAUUGUUUAAACGUUGUCAUUUGACACAUGCUAUAGAUGUAUUCCUUAUAUUUGUGUGAAAAUUAAUACCAGAUAUUGUUCGACUGUAGGUUAUGCUCGAUCUUAAACAUCUUUUGAUAGUUAUUAUUUUAAAAACGAACCGUACUCAAAGUUACUAAAGUUGUCCACUGCAGAAUACUCAUAGUAGUAGGUGAUUAAUAUAGAGCAUAAUGUAUAGUUUAAAAGUACUUACUUAUCUGGUUCAUGACAAUACAUUAGAUAUAAAGGUUAAUAUAAGUAUAACCAGUUAAGAAUAUUGUUAUUAGAUCAACCAUUUUAAUUUACAUAGUUUAGUUGUAUUCUUUUUUACUGUAAUAGAUCCUUUCUUUUGCGUUAGUAUCUUAUCCUCAGUCAUCACUGUAAUUGAUCUCCACUUCACUUACUCUUGUUUUAAGUAAGUAAAGUUUUAUAAAAUUUAUUUCAUAAAUCAUUUUUCUACGUCGUAGUUCAUUAGCAAAUUGUUAUAUCUAUGAACUAAAAGUAAAUUUCAUAUUUUUGAAUAUUUUCCGGACUGCACUGUUAUUUAACUAUGAUUGAAACUUGGAUUAUUAUUGGCCAUAUAUUUUGUAAAGUGUAGCAUGUUACCAAAUAAUGAAAUAUUGUUAAUACACAUGUAUACAAUUUAAAUGUUACCGUAUUUGUGCAUUAAUAAAAAAAGGUGUCACAUU